GGUCCGGCUUCCUUUGGGAGUUCGAGCCCAGGUUCGUCCUCGUCCACCUUCUGCAUCGGCACCCGGCCUGUCGCCUGCACGCCGUUCUCUCCUUGCUGCUCCUUCCCAAAUUUAUCCCCUCGUAGUUUUCCUAAGGCUUCGUGUGCACGCUGUUAACCGCCUGCCAGUUGGCUCUUUAUCAUCUGAGGAUCAUGACUUUGACCCAUCUGCUGAAAUGCUGGUACACGAUUAUGAUGAUGAGCGAACUCUCGAAGAAGAGGAAAUGAUGGAAGAAAGCAAAAAUUUCAGCUCUGAAAUUGAAGAUUUAGAAAAGGAAGGAAACAUGCCAUUGGAAGAUUUACUAGCAUUCUAUGGCUAUGAACCCACGAUUCCAGUUAUGCCAGCUUCCAGUGCGAAUAGCUCUCCAAGUGAACUUGCAGAUGAACUUCCAGAUAUGACUCUAGAUAAAGAGGAAAUUGCUAAAGAUCUCUUGUCGGGUGAUGAUGAAGAAACGCAGUCCUCUGCUGAUCUUGACACCAAUGACUUGACACCAUCAGUUACUUCACACGAGGCUACUGACUUCUUUCCUCGGCCACUAAGAUCAAACACCACAUGUGAUGGAGAUAAGGAAUCUGAUGGUGAAGAUGUAGAGGCAGACAAUGGUAAUUCACUGACAUCUGAAGAUUUGAGAAAGGAGAUAAUGGUUGGUUCACAGUACCAGGCUGAAAUUCCAGCUUACCUUGGCAGAUGCAGUGAUGAUGAAAAGGCUUAUGAAAAUGAAGACCAUUUACUUUGGAAACCUGAUGUGAUCUCAGAAAGUAAAGUUAAAGAAUACCUUUUUGAAACCUCCUUAAGAACAGGAAAUGAAAAAAUGAUUGGCAGAAUUCCUGAAGGACUACAUACACGGGACAAUGAACAAGCACUCUAUGAACUUCUUAAAAGUAGCCAUAAUGUUAAAGAAGCAAUUGAGAGAUACUGCUCAAAUGGAAAGGCCUCUCAGGAAGAGAUGACAGCAUGGACAGAAGAAGAAUGCAGAAGCUUUGAAAAUGCACUUCUGAUGUAUGGAAAAGACUUCCAUCUCAUACAGAAAAACAAGGUAAGAACCAGAACAGUUGCUGAGUGUGUGGCUUUCUACUACAGCUAUCAGGUGAGCUCCAGAACCGGCACGGGGAGGAGCAACGGGCAGUGGGGAGCAAAGCAGCCUAGCAGGAGUGAGACGUCGAGCAGAGUGCCAUGUGAACUGCCUGGGAACCACACCCCCUACACUAGGAAUACUGCAAGUGCCCUUGACACCCAGCUUCCUCCACAAGAGGUCCCAAUAACCUCACAGAGAGCUGAGGAGAAGAGUCAGCUCAGGAGAAGGGAUCCUCGAAGUCAUGGAGGAUGA